AAAUCAAAUCGCAUGUGUAUGAUGAUCAUAAAGAAAGCCAUUCCGGAAGCAUUCAGGGGCACUAUGUCUGAAAAUAUCGUUACUGCUAAGGAAUUCCUUGCAGAUAUUGAGAAAAGGUUCGUCAAGAACGAAAAGGCUGAAAUUGGUACGCUUUUGGCAAAUCUUAUCUCAAUGAGGUAUGGUGGUAAAGGUAAUAUUAGAGAAUUUGGAGAU